AUGGCUAAAAAGGGAGUUAACACCAAAGUUGAAGCUGCAAACAAUCGUAAGGCUGGUUCUAGAGCUGAAAAGGAGCAACAAAAAAGAGCUGAAAUGGAGGCCAAAGAAGAUGCCAAAUGGGCUAAGGGUGCCAAGAAGUAUGACAAGAAGGAACUUGAGGCUGAAAAAAAAGCUGCUGCUCUUGCAAAGAAGCUUGAAAAGCAAAAGCUCUUGGAUGAAGAGGAGAAAGCACUCAACAAGCCUAAGGCUCCCAAGGCCAAUUACACCAAGAAGUCUGUCUUUACUACGCAGAAGGUUCCUGCCAAGAAGUCUGCUGUACCUAACGCUUUGCAUGAAGAGGACGAGCCCAAGAAGACCAGGCCUAUUCUCUCUGAAAAGGACAUUGAGAAGCAUCCCGAACGUCGUUUCAAGAACGCAUUAAAGGAAUUUGAGGAAAGAGAGAUCAAAAACUACAGAGCUCAAUACCCUGGUCUUCGUUUGAGUCAACUCAAGGAAAUCUUGUACAAGGAAUUUCAAAAGUCUCCUGAUAAUCCUUUCAAUCAAACCAAUGUCUUUUCCUACAACACUACGCUAGAUGAAGUCAACCGUAAGCUAUAUGGUGAACCUGAACCUACCAAGGAAGAAGAGCAAGAAGAUGAAACGAGCGCUGAUGAAGCCAACAAGGGUUCCGAACAAGCUGCCGCUACUGCUAUUGCCAAUGUCUCUGCCACAACUGGUUCUGCUCCCAAGUCAGUCUCCCAGAAGGCUGGCGCUUCCUAUUGA